AAUUAUAUAUCUGUUGUAGGGAGCCCUUCACCAAGGUUCUAGUCCACUAGAACCAAGGAUGGCGCAACUGGAGACCCUCGAAGCAAAGAUGGCCAGCAUUGAAGUGUCCUUAUCCACCACCCCCAGGAGGAAGAAACCAAGCAGCACAGCUUCAACCCCGGUACCUCCGUCCGUGCAUGGUCUCUUUGGGCCGAGGGCUGCUCCGGAGCAAGAGGAGAACAGGGUAGAAGCUCUCUGUCAAGGACUGAAGGGAAACUUGUGGAAUAGGGGGUCAAGACAAGGAGGAAAUGGGAGCCUGACAGAGAGAGAAAGAAAGACGGCACAAGAGAGAUUAGCCAGGCUUAAGUGUGACUUGGAUUCCAAACGGCUAACCAUAAAGAAUAUAAAAAUUGCUUUAGACACCAUAGAUAUUUCAGAUAACAUUGAUGUAAGAAUACAACAAGCUGAACUUGAAUACCAGCUCGGCAGGGAAGAGCUGAAUUUACUGAGUAUUAUGGAAGAGAGCAGAAAUUUACAAGUUCUUCUCGAAGAAAACAAUGUUCAACAGCAAACUAUCUUUAGUUAUAUAGGUAACUCUACAGUAAAUCUUCAUGGAAUUGAAUUAAUGUACGACCCGAAAAGCCCACAGUUUGGUGUUAAUCAUCGAGAAGAAGGAGGAGUUCUGGUUGAGUGGGCAUCAGAAACUUCUGGUCUUGUAAAAGGAGACAGACUGUUAGAGGUCAACGGAAAGUUGGUAACUCGAGCUGAGGAAGUAGGAAGACUCCUAGUCGUAGCACCAAGUCCUGCUCAAGUUGUGGUGAUGCGGAAGCAACGUGCAGACCAGCUUAUGUCACAUUUGCAGGCAGAGCUCUCAGUUGUUAAAGAGAAAGCUGGAGAGGCAGAACGUACCAGGGAUAGCUUCCGCAGGGAUAAUUUACGCCUCACUCACAGGAUUUCAUACCUAGAAGAACAAGUAGCAGAGUUACUUGAACGUGCCCGAGAGUCAAAACCAAAGGCAGUGCCUCAAGUGUUUCAAAAAGGAAAUCAAGUAGCACUUGUUGCAAACUUACCAGGCUUAGAAAAAACUGAAAACAAUUUACCCCAAGCAAAAGGAAGAUCUCAUCACGAUGAAGCAAGAUCUGCCAAGUCCGUAGAUGUGAUUGAAAAGCCAAAAAGGAAAAAGGACCUUCCCUCAGCUCGAAGUACACAUUCAUUGGAUGUGGAAUGCAGUAGGCAAAGGCAUUCAGACCACCUCAGUGGUGAGCCACGGCAAAGGCAUAUUCGUGAAGCUAGAUCUUCCUUGUUCAAUUUUUUAGAUCGUACCAAAUAUGAUUUUGACUCUGAACCAAAUCUUGAUUGUAGUUCAGAGAGUUCUCUAAGACACAAAAAAGACAAGGUGAGACCUGUACCACCUAAGAAGCCCAUCAGACUCUCCCUAACAAGAGCAACAAGCCUUCAGUCCGUUGAUAAUUCCGAGAAGAAAUCACUCAAGCGAACACACAAAGGUGAGGCUCCUCCAGUUCCACCUUUAAUAAAUGGACACAGUAAAAGUGUCGGUAAGAAUUAUAGCAUUCUCAUGAAUGGUCAUAAAGAUAACCAUACCACUAGUCAAACAAAUGGUCAGGUUAAUGUUCAAAUACAUAACCAAAAUGGCCAUGUAAAUACAAUAAAAAGCAGUCAUAGCCAUAACCAUAACCAUAAACAUAAUCACAGCCACACCAUACAUCUAACACAAUCAGAAAGCAAAUGGUGCUAG